CCGACUUUUACCCUUCGCUGCUGCUCUUUUACUGCUCUCAUCCACCGUUUUCCCACCGAUCGCGAUUUGGGAUGGCGAGGGCGGGAGGGAUAACGAACGCGGUGAACGUGGGAAUCGCCGUCCAGGCCGACUGGGAGAACCGCGAGUUCAUCUCCAACAUCUCCCUCAACGUCCGCCGCCUCUUCGACUUCCUCCUCCAAUUCGAGGCUACAACAAAGAGCAAACUGGCUGCUUUGAAUGAGAAGCUUGACAUCUUAGAGCAUAGGUUAGAGGUGCUUGAAGUCGAAGUUAGCAGUGCAACAACUAAUCCUUCCGUUUUCACAUAAAAUUUGUACUUUUUGUUAGACCUCUGGAAAAUAGAAGUGAUCUUGUCAGCUGUACCUUUCAUCUUUCAGUAUAGCGUUGCAGAUUAUCAGGUGAUC